UAGGGGUAGCUGGAAAGAGAGCAUGUGGCUCAAUUACCCAGCUCAAACAGAUCUGGUGGGGCCUAGAGGAAGGAUGCUACUGGCUGUGUUGUACUGCCUGCUGUGGAGUUUCCAGACCUCCACUGGCCAUUUCCCUCGAGCCUGUGUGUCCUCAAAGAACCUGAUGGAGAAGGAAUGCUGCCCACCAUGGGGGGGUGAUGGGAGUCCCUGUGGCCAGCUUUCAGGCAGGGGUUCCUGUCAGAACAUUAUUCUGUCUAAUGCACCGCUUGGGCCUCAGUUCCCCUUCACAGGGGUGGAUGACCGGGAGUCUUGGCCCUCCGUCUUUUACAACAGGACCUGCCAGUGCUUUGGCAACUUCAUGGGAUUCAACUGUGGCAAUUGCAAGUUUGGCUUCUGGGGACCAAGGUGCACAGAGAAGCGGCUCUUGGUGAGAAGAAACAUCUUUGAUUUGAGUAUCCCAGAGAAGAACAAAUUCCUUGCUUACCUCAAUUUAGCAAAGCGUACUACCAGCCCAGACUAUGUCAUCCCCACAGGCACCUAUGGCCAAAUGAAUAAUGGGUCAACACCCAUGUUUAAUGACAUCAACAUUUAUGACCUCUUUGUCUGGAUGCAUUAUUACGUGUCAAGGGACACGCUGCUUGGGGGGUCUGAAAUCUGGAGAGACAUCGAUUUUGCGCAUGAAGCACCGGGGUUCCUGCCUUGGCACAGACUCUUCUUGUUGCUGUGGGAACAAGAAAUCCAGACACUGACAAGGGAUGAGAACUUUACCAUUCCAUACUGGGAUUGGCGAGAUGCUGAAAACUGUGACAUUUGCACAGAUGAGUACAUGGGAGGGCGCAACCCAGCAAACCCUAACCUACUCAGCCCAGCAUCCUUCUUCUCCUCUUGGCAGAUCAUCUGUAGCCAAUUGGAGGAGUACAACAGCCGUCAGGCUUUAUGCAAUGGAACUUCCGAGGGACCCUUACUGCGCAACCCAGGAAACCACGACAAAGCCAGGACGCAGAGGCUCCCCUCCUCAGCUGAUGUGGAAUUGUGCCUGAGUUUGACCCAGUAUGAAUCAGGUUCCAUGGAUAGAACUGCCAAUUUCAGCUUUAGAAAUACACUGGAAGGAUUUGCCAGUCCACUCACUGGGAUAGCAGAUGCCUCUCAAAGCAGUAUGCACAAUGCCUUGCACAUCUAUAUGAAUGGAACCAUGUCUCAGGUACAGGGAUCUGCCAAUGAUCCCAUUUUCCUUCUUCACCAUGCAUUCGUUGACAGUAUUUUUGAACAGUGGCUCCGAAGGCACCGACCUCUUCAAGAAGUUUAUCCAGAAGCCAAUGCACCCAUUGGCCAUAACCGGGAGUCCUACAUGGUUCCUUUCAUACCUCUCUACAGAAAUGGUGAUUUCUUUAUUUCUUCCAGAGACCUGGGCUAUGACUACAGUUACCUACAAGAUUCAGAGCCAGACUUUUUCCAAGACUACAUUAAGCCCUACUUAGAACAAGCAAGUCGGAUCUGGCCAUGGCUCAUUGGGGCAGCUCUGGUGGGGUCUGUCCUCACUGCUGUGCUAGGAGGCAUUACGAGCCUGUUCUGUCGUCGUCGCAAGAGAAGAAAGCAGCUCCCUGAAGAAGAGCAGCCACUGCUCAUGGAAAAGGAGGAUUACCAAAGCUUGUUGUAUCAGAGCCAUUUAUAAAAGGCUUUAGGCAACAGGGUAGGGCGAAAAGCCUGCCCUCCCUGUAACUCAAGUGAUGUUUGAGUCUCCAGGGCAUGUUCCAACAAAAAUCCCUGGUAAGUGUCUGUGAAGACCGUUAUCAGAAUUGUAAUCUAAUACAAAGUACACCUCCNCCACCCACCCCCACCCCCAACUCAGGUAGACCGCACCUGUGCUUGCCUUGCUGUGUUUUGAUCACUUUUUUGACAGUUUUCCUCAAGCCCAUUUCCCAGGAAAUUAUGCCAUUUGGUAACGAGUAAUUGCUCCUUGUAUCUGAAUAAAAGUGCUCUUAUAAAAUGUGGCAAUGUUUGACUUUUUCCUUCUGAUCGUUUAAUGACGUGUUUCUUUUUCAUU